CCCCGCCCCGCUCUUUGCAGGACGUCACCGCUGACUGCAGGGGCCUCAGCCGCUGCCGCCGCCGCGCAGCCCUACAUCGGCGCCCCGGGCCCCGUCACCGCUGCUGCCAAAAAGUCGCCACCUCAUCGCUACAGGGCAAGAUGGCGUCUGCCACAGACUCGCGCUAUGGGCAGAAGGAGUCCUCGGACCAGAACUUCGACUACAUGUUCAAAAUCCUCAUCAUCGGCAACAGCAGCGUGGGCAAGACGUCCUUCCUCUUCCGCUACGCAGACGACUCCUUCACCCCCGCCUUCGUCAGCACUGUGGGCAUCGACUUCAAGGUCAAGACCAUCUACCGCAACGACAAGAGGAUCAAGCUGCAGAUCUGGGACACAGCAGGGCAAGAGCGGUACCGGACCAUCACCACAGCCUACUACCGGGGAGCCAUGGGCUUCAUCCUCAUGUACGACAUCACCAACGAGGAGUCCUUUAACGCCGUGCAGGACUGGUCAACCCAGAUCAAGACCUACUCGUGGGACAAUGCCCAGGUGCUGCUGGUGGGGAACAAGUGCGACAUGGAGGACGAGCGGGUGGUAUCAUCAGAACGUGGCCGGCAGCUGGCUGACCACCUGGGGUUCGAGUUCUUUGAGGCAAGUGCUAAGGACAACAUUAAUGUCAAGCAGACCUUUGAGCGCCUGGUGGACGUCAUCUGUGAGAAGAUGUCCGAGUCGUUGGACACGGCUGACCCCGCAGUCACGGGCGCCAAGCAGGGCCCCCAGCUCACGGACCAGCAGGCGCCCCCGCACCAGGACUGCGCCUGCUGAGAGCUGCCCCUCCCUCUGGCCUGACCCCGCCCCCACCGACAGCGGGCGCGAGACCCCUACCCCGACUAGCCCGUCACCUUAUUUAUUAUCGUAGCUAUUUAUUUAUUUAUUGGAGAUGUCCCCCAGGGGCUCGGCGCCCCACCCACCCACGCCCCGCCCUGUACAUACAGCCCUGUCCCCACUCUGCCGUGGCGUGUCGUGGCCCCGUGAACUCACUGCUCACCCUCCUCUCGACACCCCACCUUUUUUUUAAUUCACCCCCAUCAACAGUUACCGGUUUUGAAGGGGGGGUUCAGAUGACACCCCAGGGCAGGCUGAUUGGGCUGAUUGGGCGAUGGGAGGUGACCAGGCCUGCCAGCCCCUUGGCGGUGACAGAUAGGCGGAGGCCACUGUGGCUCUCAGCAUGGACCAUGGGGUGGGUCAGAGCUGGGCAAUGGCCCUCCUGGCUCCUGGUCCCCACAGUUUUACCCUUUUUUUGGACGGGGGCGCUGCUGUGGGUACUCACCACCCUGGGACCCCCCCCCCCCAGACCUGUUCUGAUGUCAUGAGUGUGAAACGUGACCCCCAGUCCCCCAGGAGAUGUCAUGACAACACUACACACACCCAAUAAAGCGAAUGGACAGCGCUGCACCCCAGUGCUGGCUUCCGUCA